AUGAACUCUGCUCCUCCAGCAGGAAGCGCUCUGGCCACGCCAGCAAGCACAGCGGGACCCACCACGCCCAAGAAAGGACCUCCAAAAUUCAAGCAAAGACAGACGCGCACAUUUAAGAGCAAGGCCCCUAAACCUGGACAGAAAGGGUUUGGCGAUGAUAUUCCUGGUAUGGAAGGACUCGGCACAGAUUUCACUGUUGUGUGCCCAUGGGAGGCGUUUGGAGACAUGGAGCUCAGCGACUUGGCCAAAUAUGGCAUUAUCUAAAGUCCGCCAAUUUCCCCAUGUCCCCGCCCCUUUACUUUAUGUUGUCAUGUGAUUAUGAUGUGUGAUGGUAUUGGAUUGAUACAACAAAGAACAUUGUGUCUAUAUUAAUACUGGUAUUGUUAUUAUUAUAUAAUAUUUUAUAUUUUGUAUAUGUUGAAAUAAGACGACAACCUUUUUACAACCCUCCCCACAUCCUGUCUAUCAAUCAACAAAUCAAAACAUCGUCAUCGAGACCGAGACCUGAUCCUAGUCGUUACAGCGACAUGUUGUUUCUAAUGGCAACCCUUACUGUAUGACAUCACUUCCUUUCCACACAGGAAACACAUUUAUAUUAUUAAAUGUGUCAUUUGCAAUUACUGGAGUCGAUCAAAGUAGAUUUUUUCUGUAACUCUGUUGACUUUAUUGUAAAUGACUAACAGAAUGAUUGAUGAAUGUGAUUAUCAUGUUUCACAACUACAGACCGUGAAUAAACACUGAAUUAAUGCUAUUAAACAUUUACA